AUGCGACCACCGUCAGAUCGUCCGCGUUCGCCGCUCGCUGGUCCAGCCACCGGUCCCGUUCCACCCUUCCCCAUCCGGCUCUCCGGGCCGAUCGUCAGGGGCUUUGGGCGCGGCAGCUCUGAAUUAGGGAUACCGACCGCUAAUAUCCCCAUCGCCGGACUGACCGUGGGUGGCCAUACAGACGUCGAAAGUGGUGUCUACUACGGCUGGUGCGGUGUGUCAGUUGACAAGGAUGGCAAUGCUUUGACCUCUAGUGAGGUAGGUACCAAUGGGGUCCAACAAGCGAAAGGCGCAGUCUUUGCUAUGGUGAUGAGUAUUGGAUGGAACCCGUUCUACAAGAACAAAGUCCGAAGUGUGGUGCGUACUUCACCCAUGGUACAUAUUCUACACGAUUUCAAGAACAAUUUCUACGGCGCCAGAAUGAAUCUAGAAAUUCUAGGCUUCAUUCGACCAGAGUACGACUAUGUAAGCAAGCAAAGUCUUAUUGAAGACAUCCAGUUCGACAUUGAAGUAGCACGAAACAGUCUUGAGAGAGGCGCCUAUAGUAGUCAGAAAGAAGAUCGCUACCUGCUGGAAUUCACCGGCGCAGAGCAUGAGCAAGACAUUGCAACCUGA